CGAAAGUUUCCAGAUGGAACUUCUCAUCACCACCUUGUAUGCAGUUUCCCUAGCAACAGUGAUAGUCCUCCUCCUUUGGUUUCACAAGCCCGCAGUCGUGGGGAAAGCCACUGCCGUUCCCGGCGACGACUGCCGCCUGGGCCAUGGACCCUUCCGGUCAUCGGCAGCAUCCACCACGUGGUGCGCGGCCUAGGACACCGCACCAUGAUGGAGCUGUCCCGUCGGCACGGCCCCCUCAUGUUCCUCCGCCUUGGCGAGGUCCCGACGCUGGUGGUGUCCAGCGCCGAGGCAGCGGAGCUGGUGAUGAAGACCCACGACCUCGCCUUCUGCUCCCGCCCGACCACCAGCGUCACCAUCGACAUCGUCGGCUGCAAGGGCAAAGGGGCUCGGCUUCGCCCCCUACGGCGACCGGUGGCGUCAGAUGAAGAAGAUCACCGUCGUGGAGCUUCUCAGCGCCACGCAGGUCAAGCGCAUCGAGUCCAUCAGAGCCCACGAGGUGGGACGCCUCCUCCAGUCCGUCGCCGCCGCCGCCGCCCGUGGAGCCGUCAACGUCAGCGCCGAGGUGAAGGCGCUCGCGCCGGACCUCGUGGCGAGGGCCAUGUUCGGUGGCAACUGCGCCGAGAAGGCCGACUUCAUCUGCCGGUACAACGAGGUCAGCCAGCUGGUGUCGGGCUUCUUCCUGGUGGACCUGUUCCCGUCGUCGAGGCUGGUACGGUGGCUGAGCAUCGGCGAGCGCCGUCUCCUGAGGAGCUACGGCGGUAUCCAGCGCAUCAUCGCGUCCAUCAUCGAGAGCCGCAAAGCUGCCAGCACCAGCGACGAUGGGGACAACUGCAGCUUGCACGACCAUCCUGCAGAGGAUCUUCUCGGCGUGCUGCUCAGGCUGCAGAAGGAGGGCUCGCUAGCUUUCCCUCUCACCUCCGAGAUUAUAGGCGCCGUCAUGUUUGACAUAUUCGGAGGUGCCACCACAACCCUAGGGUCCACGAUGGAGUGGGCUAUGUCAGAGCUAAUAAAGAAAUCAGAGACGAUGAGAAAGACACAAGAGGACAUUCGUCGCGUGCUAGGUGGGUCACGACGAGGUGUCAUCACGAACACUGACCUCGUUGGCCUCACCUACCUACCAAUGGUUAUCAAGGAGGUUCUUCGGCUGCAUCCUCCAAACCCUCUGUUGGUCCCGCGUGAGUCGAGAGAGGAUUGCCAAGUCAUGGGCUACCACAUUCCCAAAGGCACCAAGGUGCUCGUGAACGCAUUUGCGAUCUCCAGGGAUUCAAGGUACUGGAACAACCCUGAAGAUUUUAGCCCAGAGAGGUUUCAGAAUAACAAUGUCGACUACAAAGGGACCGAUUUUGAGUUCACCCCCUUCGGUGCUGGUCGUCGACGCUGCCCUGCAAUCAUGUUUGCCACUUCUACUCUAGAGAUUGCAUUGGCAAACCUUCUCUACCACUUCGACUGGGCUCUUCCGGAUGGAGUGAGCCCAAAGAUGGUGGAAAUGUCUGAGCAAUACGGGAUGGGUGUCACCAAAAAGUUAGACCUGCAUUUGAGAGCCAUCCCAUAUGUAUACUCUACUAUGGCAUAGGUAUGGGGGGUGGUUAAAGCUACCUGCACCUUAACUUGAGGUCCUUUGAUGAUCGAUCAUUGCAUCUUCCUAUUUCUGAAUAAGGGUGAACUUUUCUAUGCCCAUCUUGUAGGCCACUAGUUUGUUUUACAUAGAGCAACUUCAGGAGCUUCCUAAAUGAAACUUCUACUUUGUUUUUUGCCAAAAAGAGAAAAAGUACCCUUCUAAGGGUUUGAAAAA